AUGGCGUCUACCAGUGGGCACAAGAGAAACGGCUCCAGCUCGAGCAUGUUUGCAAACAAACGUACCGAAUCGGGGGGUGGUUUCGUCGGUUAUAAGCGACUUGAGAGCGGUCACAAACGUGCCGAGAGUAUAUCCAGUGCCUUUGGCCACAAACGAUCCGAGAGUGGCCACAAGAGAAACGAGAGUAGCGGCGGUUUCGGUCACAAGAGGUCCGAGUCUGGCAGUAAUUAUCAUGCCGGUCACCGACGUAACGAAAGUAUGUACGCGAUGACGGGCCUCUAUGCGGAAAGCGCCGGCACUGGCACCGACGAUAAUGCGGAUCCGCUGCAGGUGACCACCGGUAGACUGACUCACGAUACCGUCAUAAGGUGUCACAGUAGAAAUUCCAGUUCUGGCCUUGUGGAUCAUAGAGAUUUUAUCAUCAAAUGUCACAGCAGGAAUCCCAGUGCUUCUAUGGUGGACAGGGCGGAGAAGGAGAGGGCGCAAACUCCACCGUUUAAUCCAGAUUCCAAGGACUGUGGGAUUCUGAGUUGUAGGCCCGUCUUCAUUCAAAGAUUUGCCGGAAUAAAGAUAGGCUAUUUAAAUAUUUUGCAUAGUUAUUCGGAUAAAUGCUACGUAUAUGUUACGUAAUCUACAUCAUUAUUUUCAUUGUUGUUCAGUUCAAUGUUUUCUCCAUCGACUACAUUAUUAUUAUUUGAACGUCUAAUAUUUUCAUUGUACAGAAAAAAUAAUUAUUUGUUUAAAAUGAAAGAGACAGCCCGCGAUUCUUGCUGCAGGAAAAUUCCUUUGCGCUGUUUAUCUGUGACCUUUCAUAAUCGCUAGUGAUGGUUGUUAUAUUAUUUUCCAUUUCAGAAAUUAUUUCUUUUACUUUUCGC